AAACAGCUCGCUGGAGAGAGAGAACACGAACACACAAAAGGAAAUAGUAGUUUUCCGUACGUACGAAUACGAAUACGAAUCGAAUCGAGCCCAGCCCAGAAAAGCGGAAAACUCGGAACGGACUCGCUAGCGGUUGCAAACUUCCAUAAACUGAGUCAUUAGCCAGCCCCUCUGCACAACAACAUGCAAACCAUCAAGUGCGUGGUCGUCGGCGACGGAGCCGUGGGCAAGACCUGCCUGCUCAUCUCGUACACAACCAACAAGUUCCCCUCGGAAUAUGUGCCCACGGUCUUCGACAACUAUGCGGUGACCGUGAUGAUCGGCGGGGAGCCCUACACACUGGGCCUGUUCGAUACGGCCGGCCAGGAGGAUUACGAUCGCCUGCGUCCGCUCUCCUAUCCGCAGACGGAUGUCUUCCUCGUCUGCUUCUCGGUGGUCAGUCCCAGUUCCUUUGAGAAUGUCAAGGAGAAGUGGGUGCCCGAGAUCACACACCAUUGCCAAAAGACACCGUUCCUGCUGGUGGGCACACAGAUCGAUUUGCGCGACGAGACCAGCACGCUGGAGAAGCUGGCCAAGAACAAGCAGAAGCCCAUCACCAUGGAGCAGGGCGAGAAGCUGGCCAAGGAGCUGAAGGCCGUCAAGUAUGUGGAGUGCUCGGCCUUGACACAGAAGGGCCUGAAAAAUGUAUUCGACGAGGCCAUACUGGCCGCCCUGGAGCCGCCAGAGCCGACAAAGAAAAGGAAGUGCAAAUUCUUAUAAUUCCUCAAUGCCCCCUCCCUCCCCCCUACAACACCAGCCCCAACACGAUGAUGUAUCCCUUUCAUUCUGGCUUUCUACUAUCGCAAUGACUCCUUCCCAGCCUCCAAGAAAAAUGUCGAGAAGCGUUCAAUAUAUAUACGAAUAUAUAUAUGUGUAUAUGUGUUGAUUUAUGUUAUUCUGCAAUCGUUUCUCCCGGAGCGCCCAGUCCAGCCCAGUACUCCAGAAGCCACUUUGCCUCCUCCAUCUGCCCCUGUCUCUGUCUCUCUCUCUGUCUGUCUCCCUCUUUCUUCUUUCGUAGCCCCGAAUCUGUGUCAGUAAUGUCCGUGCUCCUCCUGCGGAGCCACAAUUAGCCUGGUUUUUAUUCGGAUUUUAUGAUUUACCCACUGUCCCAGCCGACUGGGCAGUGGCUUUUAACUCGGGGACCGUCUUCCGCCCCUCAAAACUUCAACCCAAUCCCAGCCAAGAGCCGAAAAUCCAAUCCCAGCCAAUGCAACCCCGCCCAGCAGUUGAAAUCAAAGCGAAAAACCGACUUCAUUGCUGCUCGCAUUCUUGUUUUUGGCGCAAUCUUCUUAUUAAGUAAAGAGAGAAAACACAAUAUCAAUAUAGCGAAAACAAAUUAUUUAUAUAUAUUUCUUUAUAUAUAUAUACAAGAAUUAAGGAGGAGACAACAAAAUAUAAAGUUAUUAUAAACAAAACAAUCCAGAACAAACAAAAACAAAAAAGGAAAAAGGAACGGAGAAACCAUGCAAUUUUUGUUUUGCAUCACUCGAUAGGAACACUUGCAAUCCAAGUCUAUAUAGUCCCAAGAGCAACGUGAAAAAUAAACAAGUCGCAGUCGAGGAUUAUAUAAAAUAUUUAUGAUUACUGAUGGCGUAAUGUUCAAACAACGGAGGUAGGAGGGAAUUCGCUAACAUGCAAAUAUGAAAGUGAAGCUUAUUAUGUAAUAAAAAUAAGAGUAUUGAAAUAUGAUUAAAAAUAAAUUAAAAGAAAACUAGGCGUUGCAUCCACAAACA